AUGGCGACCUUCUCCCCGAUAAUGCGGCAGCUGGGCUGCUUCAGGUCGCUGAUUAAACCCCAGCCCUGGCUGCAAUCUCGGUCCAUCUCGACCGCAUACACUCCGAAGCCAGAGCCCGCGCCUCUUCCGACCAGACUGCCGCAAUCGUUCCUGUCACAAAUACCGUCUCGCCUGCAGCCGAAUAAUGGACGCAAGAAGCUCAAGGUCUACCCUCCGCCGCCGACGGUCCGUUCUACGUGCAAAGACCCCGUGGGAGCAGUGACGGAAGCUCAGUUAGCGACUCUCGACCCCACCGGUGAACGUAAGGCGUUGUUCGACUACCGACGAAACCCCCGCAGUGUCAAGGUUGGCGACAUCUUGCGCGUGACGUUCAAGAACGGAGAUCCUUUCUCCGGCCCCGAACGUGGAGAGCGUGGAGAUCGUGCAGAGGACGGAGAAGCGGAAGAGAAGAGCAAGAUUGUAUUACAUGCGGUGCGUGAACCCUCAUAUCUGGCGUCUUUCCCCUAUCCACUUCUUGUCGCAUCCGCGGAUGGAACUGACUUCGCUUCGCUACUCUUUAGGAAGCCCAAGCAUGACAUGGGCAGCGUGGAGAACAUCGUAUCCAACUACCUCCGGCAGAAGUCUGCUCUCACUGGCCAGAGAAGACCUGGACAGAAACGGUAA